AUUUAGGCCUUAGGGGUUAUGACUGUACUCUUUGGUUAUGACUAGUCCUACUAGACUAUAGCACAGAUUAAAUAUCUGUGCAUAGUAUGUGUAUGGGUUACCAUUAUUUUUGUCCAUAGAGCUAAUUAUUUUUUUUAAUAUUCGGAAAUUGCAUAAUUUAGGAAUUCAAGUUCAGAUAUCCUUGUCAAGACCAUCUUCAUGAUGCUCCAUAUUUCUAUUCUAAAUUGAGAUCAUAUCAAGUAGAAAUAUCAAAUUGUUACAUACUAGGAUGUGGGGGUAUAUCAGUUCCUUUUUCAAAUCAAAUCCCGAUGAAAACGAUUUGUCAUAUGAAAAGGCCUGCAGUAUAUUGAAUACCUUCGACAAAGUUGAGGAGAAGGGAGAAACAAUUACUAAUCAUUCAAAAAGUAAUCUUGUUUCCAACAAAAUCGGAACCAUAACAAAAAUCAGUGGAAACGAAUAUAUCAUCGAUGAUUUGUACACAUUUCAGGAAAAUGACUCAAUAUUUGAACUCGGUUCGAAAGUAUCAUAUCACCUUGUAGAGUAUAACGAAAUAUUGAAAGUAUUGAAUGUGAAACUUGUAAAUGAAUGGGAUUGCCCGAGAAAUGAUGAUUCUCUGUGGCAUAGUAGAGUUCUCAUUUGUAAGGUAGAAAAGAGAAUGGGUAGAAAAUUGAUCCUUUCACCAUGGGAUGUAACUUUGAACUUGGAUGACAUAUCUUUAGAAUUUUUACCUCUAGUUGGUGAUUGGUUGGAGAUCCAUGCAAAAUGUACCAUAAACGAAAGUAACUUCGACUUGAGUGGCCAAAUUUUGGAAAUUAAUAAAGUAUCGCCUGUUCGUUUACAUAUAGAGUCUGGUAAGGUGACCUGUUGGAGAGCGGCAGAGCAGACAGGAGUUGUGAAUAAUAAUAUUUACUUCAACAAGCAAGCUUUAUCUAUGGGUUACAUUCCUUUUGUUGGGGAUCGAAUAAUCGGGGAAGUUAUCGAAAGUGAUCAGGAAAGAUGUCGGUGGAGAGCCAUCAAAAUUUUACCUGAACAUAUUUCUACAAAAUUGGGGACCACUGUUCAAAAUAACUCACUACUUCCUGACUUUCAGGAGACUUACCCUGGAUUAACUGUCUCAGAUGUAAAUAUUUCAGUUGAAAACUUGAAUGAUGUGAGAGAAUUUUCUGUUAUUAUUUCAAAUGAAUCAGAAUGUAACUUUGAUUUUUCUAAAGCACAUUUCUCAGACCCAAAAAGCAACUGUAUAAUUCUGAAUGGAUCAGAGAAAGUUGUGAUUCCUAAAGGGACUAAACACGAGGUUACUUGUCAAUGUACAUCAAGAAAUAUGGGUGUAACUAGAGAGUUAUUGUUACUGGAGUUCGAUAAGUUCACAAUUGGAAAAUGGAUCAACAUCACGGUAUUAUGUCAAUUCAAUAAACAGAAAAGUUCCUUCGAAUAUAAGUCCAAACUACCACUUCAUGAAAAAUCCACUAAUGAAUUAUUGAGAGGUCACAAAUUAGGAAGCACAUCUCGAUUCACUGCUGCACAAUUACCGUCGUACUUGAUUCCUCAAAAGUUGCUUAAACUCUUUUCCAGUAAUGAUAGGAAUGAUGAUAUCGACUACAAAAUAGAGCAGUUGAGGGUCGUGAAACCUUCAGUAGUAUCCAAUUUGAGUUUUAUGAACUAUGAAGACAAAUUUCACUCUCUUUUACACCUUGAUGAAAUUGCUAAUUUGAUAGCUAUUAGAAUCUAUGAUCAAGAAAAAGCAUGUUUCAUUUCCAAUGGAGAUCUUUUAAUGUUGGAAAUAGAGAAUUUGUCUGAACGUAGACCGUCAAUUGUGAUAGGAGAUAAAAUAAUUGCAAAUGAUCCAUUUAGCAAAAACAAAUUGGAUUUUGAGGGAAUUGUGUCCAAAGUUGGUGCAAAACAUGUAUAUAUGAGGUUCAAUAAUUUAUUUCAUGACAAGUAUAGAGGGGAAGAUUAUUCAAUUAAAGUUAUUCCCGGACGUACUGCCUAUCGGAGAUUACAUCAUGCAGUUCAUUUGGCAGUGAGAAACUUGGGACAGGAGGUAUUAUUUCCAUCAAAAGUGACUGAGAAAAGUGCUCAAAUUCUGUUCGAUUAUGAGUCUUUUGAAACUCCAAAUGGUAUAACAAAAAGAAAGGUGCAAAAUGUUUUAGAUAAAAUGAAACAAUAUAAAGCUAAAAUGAAUUCAUCAGCUGAUAGUUCCACUUCAAGUCAGGUCCAGAAACUGAAAUUAGAGUGGUAUAACAAAAAACUGAAUCCGGUGCAGAAAUUCGCCAUUGUUAAUAUAUUGUGGGGUGAAGCCAGGCCUCUACCUUAUAUUAUUUUUGGUCCUCCCGGGACAGGAAAGACUGUGACCUUGAUAGAAGCCAUUUUGCAAAUCAUUCGUCUGCUUCCUCAUUCUAGAAUACUGGUGACAGCACCAUCGAACAGUGCUGCAGAUUUGAUCGCAUUGAGGCUUAUAAAUUCUGGAGUUCUAGUACCAGGCGAUCUCGUUAGAGUUAUAUCUCAUAAUUAUGCCAUGAGUGAAGCCAUACCCAUUGAUCUCAUUCCCUACUGUGCAACAGGAAGCAAUGCAAAGGAGGGUACUGCUAUGCCUGAGAUGUCGAGUUCAGGAAUCCAAUUUGAUUGCAGCAGAACAGUUUUGGGAAGGCAUCGUAUCACAGUAGCUACGUGCAGUGCAGCAGGACAAUUUUUCUCAAUGGGUUUUCCAAAAGGACACUUCUCUCACAUAAUUGUUGAUGAGGCUGCUCAGGCUGGAGAACCUGAUGUAAUGAUACCUCUGUCGUUUCUGGAUAAAAAUAUAGGACAAGCUAUUUUAGCAGGGGAUCCUCUGCAGUUGGGACCGGUAAUUUUAUCUAAAAUUGCCUCAGAAUGUGGACUCAAUGAGUCCUACCUUGAAAGGCUGAUCAACAGAUUUCCAUAUGUGAGAGACCCAGAAGGUUUUCCUGAUACUUUUGGUUACGAUCCUCGCCUUGUUACGAAGCUUUUGUACAAUUAUCGAUCUCUUCCUGAUAUCCUAAGUCUAUAUAACUCAUUGUUUUACGAGAAUGAGCUCAUUUCAACGAUUGAUGAUGAAAGCAGUGAUGAGGCUAAAUUAGUCGAGAAAUUGAGAGAUAUGUUGCCACAGAAUAAUGACGGUAAAUUGCCACGUAUGAUUUUUCAUGGAGUGGAUGGAGAGAAUCUACAAAAUAAUGAUUCGCCAUCUUGGUAUAAUCCACACGAAGCUGCGCAAGUAUUUUACUAUAUCAAUGAAUUUUAUCGACUAGGACUUAGUUCUGGCAAUAUUGGAGUUAUCACACCUUACAUAAAACAGAUGACACUACCAUAACAGUUUCCGGAUAUACUGCGGAGGAGCUAGAAAACAACAUUAAUUCAGUCAUGGAUGACCUGAUUUCUUGGUGUGAUAGAAAUCAACUAAAACUGAAUGAAAGUAAAACAAUACAUUUAAGCUUCGCGUUAAGGAAAACAGUGAAACUUAACAACAUCCAACUCUCGGAAACAGCAAAACUCCUUGGUAUGUUUAUAGAU